AGCUUCUUGCACAGUUUUGGUUUUGAUGUCAUUUUUGUCUUGUCAACUUUAGUGAGUAGGAGCAAGAAGAGCAAGUUACCUUCAUCCGUGUUUGUUGAAUCUGCACGUAGCUGUUCCAAUUUAUUGCACUUAUUUAUUUUCUUUUUAUUAUGGGUGAGGAAAAAGGAUGGAACGAAAGUCAAUUACGAAAAUACGAUUUUUUAUCUCUGGAAUCCAUUCCAAGGCUUCAUGUGGAUGAUCCAAAAGUGAAAGAUUUGAUAGCUGCCAAGCGACCAGUGGUUAUUACUGGGUCACAAUUAGUUGGCAGUGCACUGAAAUGGGAUCUCGACUACUUGCAAGAAAAUAUGGGCAAUGGAAAGUGUACUGUUAUCUAUUCACAAAAUCACAAAUUCAAGUUUUAUGACGACAGUAAAGCAACGCCUGAUGUGAGGGCGGAGUUCACACCUCCAACCAGAGGCGUGUCAAUGAAAAUGUCUGAGUUCGUCAAACGAUUGGAAGGCUGGACCAAAGGAGACGAAAGGAUGUAUUUGCAACAAGUUCUAAACGACACGGUUGGUCCGCAAAUAGUCCACGAUUUUGUUGCAUUCAAAUGGUACUGGGCGGACCAUAUCCAAGAGUCCAACUCAUGGGGUCCACUCACUGCCAACCUCCUUCUCAUUGCUAUGGAAGGAAAUGUCACCCCUUGCCAUUACGACGAGCAAGAAAACUUAUUCGCUCAAAUUCGAGGUUACAAACGAUGCAUACUUUUUUCACCUGAUCAAUUCGAGUGUUUAUAUCCAUAUCCAGUUUAUCAUCCGCAUGAUAGACAAAGCCAGGUUGACUUUGACUGCCCCGACUACACAAGAUUUCCGAAUUUGAAGAAAUUGCGAGGCAUGGAGGCUGUUGUUGGCCCUGGAGAUGUGCUCUACAUUCCCAACUAUUGGUGGCAUCACAUUGAGGCGCUACUGGGCGGAGGCUACACUAUUUCAGUUAACUUUUGGUAUAAGGCUGGUUCAACAGGACAAGUCACGUAUCCUUUGAAAGGAUAUCAGAAAGUAGCCAUCAUGAGGAAUGUCGAGAAAAUGUUAGUUGAAGUAUUGCACGAUCCCAAGGAAGUGGCUCCUCUACUUCGAUCUCUCGUAUUGGGGAGGUACACCGAGUAGAGUAGGCUGAACUCUGGCAGCCUACACUCCAAUCUCAUGAAACAUCUUGGAUGAGAAUUAUGCCAGUCAGCAAAUAUUAAACGAUGUGCAGCCUGAUCCUCUCUCUUCACUAGACUGAUCUUUUAUCCUUUUUUCAAUUCUGCACUGCUUUUGAAACACUGCUACUUUUACUCUCGACUGAUUUAAGGUGCUAAUGAUGACUGAUUUCGGAACUGAGAACGUUUUGUACAUGAAAACUACGAUUUAUCAACGUUCAUCCACGUGGAUAAGAAACACUAAAAAAUUAGCACAUUAUCUUUAUUGUAUUAAUGUUAACGUUGGUGCAGAAAAUUAUUGUUAUAAUUGUUACAAUAAGGCUGAUUCAAUGCAUAGAAACUGGUUGGUAUAACUCUCAUCUUAGAUUAUUUCUUAUGAAGUGAAUUGUGAUAUGAUAGUUUAAGAAAAAUAAGUUAAUUUACUUCUGCUAAGGAACUGUAAUUAGUACUCUUCCCAUAAUUUCUGAUUACAUAAUAAUAAAUGCAUGACGAAUCAUGUUUAAAAAUUUAAUGAGACAGCAAACAUCUUUCUUGGGUUGCAUUCUGUCUCAUUAUUUUUCAAUGAUAUUUGAAAUUUUCCAAAUAGCAAUAGUUACACUCACUACUUUCAAUUUAAAGCUUUUUGCAAUUCAUAAAGUUUGAAAUUCAGUAUUCUCCAAGACUUUCUUUAGUAUAGGUGUUAGCGGCUAUACUAUUAAUGAAUGAUUAGCCCAAACUAGCUCUAACAUUAGAAUUGUAUCUAUCUUGAAACUGUUUCUCAAUCAGGGUAUUUACUUGAUAUUUAAAAAUUUCACUUGCUUUAUUAGUGGAAUCGAAACAGCAGUAUUAAUAAAAUUAAUAUGUUUCUAUUUAUUGAAUAAUGUACUGUUCAUGAAGCAUGAUAGUAUUAUAUGAUACUGUAAUAAAUAUUUCCUUAGUAAAUUUCUGUAUAAUUAACGUAUUCAUGAAAGUAAAUGAUUGAAUGUGUCUACAUUCUUUCUCAUUACUUGCUGAAAUCUUAGAAUCUAUACAAAUCAUUGAAUCAGAGUACAAAAUCAGUUGGUUUCAUUACCCUCAACCUACUUCUUUGUUCCUGUAUACAUUGAAUAACUUCAUAUUUAUUGUAAUAUAGCUGUACAUAAAUAAUAAGAUUAGUGUGCAGUAAAAUAUUAGCUUUAAUCGAAACAAUUUUUCAUGUUUCCUAGUUUGUAUCACUUUUAAUUGAUUUAUUCUGCAAUUAUAGAACUAAACUAGAUUAAGACUAUUAGUUCCUAGUUUUAAUUUUGGUUACCAUGUUUCUUGUGUAACGUGAAAAAGAUAUCUAUGAAGUAUUGAUAGAACAGACAAUUAUUUUCUAUUUCAAUUGUGAAAAAUAACGGAUCUUAUUAAUAUACAAACUUCAAUCAUUGAAUUAUACUGUUUCAUUCUGAUACUUCAGUGUUAAACAUUUAUAAGGAUGAAUAUUCCAACUAGUAAGUAAACAAUUUUUGAAGAGCAAAAUUCUAUAGGAAAUCGAAAUACAACUGAUAAUAAUUAUUAUGAAGAAAAGUAAGAUAUUAGCAAAUACUCGAAUUAUGGUUACGAUUUUAGUUCACAAAAAAAACAAAAAUGAUUCAUGUAAAAAGUAUAAGAUAAUUUUACAAGUUUGAAAUAAACAUGAAUAAUAUGCGAGAUUAUGCGAAUACCAUAUUUAGAGAUACUAUGGUCAAGAUUUCAAAUUAUAUGAAGGCACGAAAGUUAAGUACGAGAUAACCGUGGAAACCGGCUAAAAUAUUUGAAAAAAAGCAUCUUAUAGAGAUAUUGUCUAUUCUUGAAUUGUAGAUUGCAGAUCUAUAGUAUCAAAAUAUUUUCUCCACGUGACUAUUAAUUUAUCAUAGAGAAAUAAACUAAAAUUAUCUUAAAAGUUAUGUAUUUGAAUAAAAAAUCAAACACAUUUGAACUCAAAAUAAUAGCAGAAUCUAUAUAUUAUAUUAAAACUUCUAUUUUAAUUCCAAAAUAAGAUGUAUAUAUUUCAAAGAUUAUUGUUGCUCGAUCCAUUCCUAGCUGCGAUGUAUUAAUACACGGUUUUUAUGUUUUUUACAACGACGUACUGUAAAUUAUUUAAGUAAAUAAGCAAUUUUGUUCACUUACUGACUACCAGUUCGUUUAAAUUACUUAUUUACUCGAAUAGAUUACUGCACGUCAGUGUAAGAAACAUCAAAACCGUAUUUAUAUUUUCUUGGAAUACACCAUACAAAUUGUGGGCAUAAUAAUUUCAAUAUUAUUUGCUCUAAGAAGCUCCCACUGUAUAACUAAACAGCACUCAUGGGCGUGCAUAAUCCAGUAUUUUAUAACUAAUAAUCCAAAAUAUUGAUUGGUGGGUGGUUCAUCUAUCAUUAUAAACUUUUGAACAGUCAACAAGUAUUUCAAUUGAAGCUCUAUGUCACUUAAUGUGGAUUUAGAACUUGUUUAUGCAUUAAAGCUAUUAAGUAUAUUGCUUUCAUUAGAUCUUUUGUUUUUCUUGCGCAAUAGCACUUUAAAAGUCCUUUAUUAUUUUACUUGUUAUAAAUAUUAACUAUCUAUAGUCUGAGGUCUGAUCAAUUAAAACAUAAUUUUCUUGUAGCUCGUUGCCAAUGCUAUUCAUAUUAAAUUGUUGUGCUGUUGAAAUUUCAUAUCUAUUCUGUAUGUCUUCAAUAAAAAUUAUUGCAUAAUAAUAGUACUUUUUCUUGAGAAAAAAAUUGGUAUCUCAUCGAUGUUCCUAUGUAUAAUCUACAAUAAUUAUCAUAAUUCAUCAAUUACGUAUAUUCUAUUUUGUGUGCUUUGUAUUCUAAAGCCGCAUCCCCACUAUGCUAUUCGCUAUGUGAUCGGUAUUGUUGUUUGACGUUCACAUUCAAAGCAUUUACUUCAGAUAACUGCCAGUGCAUCCACACUUGUCUGUUGGCUUUCUCGAUAGGGGAGAUGCGACUUUAUCGUUCUAUUCAUCUAAGUUUUGAUUAGUCAUAGAGGUGUAAUGUAAGUUAUCUCUUUGACAUUGAAAUCUUUCAAAUGAAUUAAAAUCGGAUUAUCAAAUGUA